UGGAACAGGUUUCGCAAACAACUGUGCUUUGGUCUGUUCUUCAAACUUUAAGUAUUGUAUGUGCAGCAAAAAGAAUUUCUGCUUUUCAUGAAGAAGAAAUGGCCAAAACAGAAACUCCGCCUCUUCAGAUGCAUGGGAGAGAAGAAAAAAAAAAUCAGCUAUCAUGAAGUCUUCAGCUUCGUCAUGAUAAGACAGCAGCAUUGUUUGUAAUCAACACCCAACUGACCCACGCCUCAAGGACCAGGAUGCUGAGGCGUCGUCUCACUUUAAUUCUUGUCAGUGUUCUUGGAGCUUCUCUGCUGGUUGAUGGCGCUAAUAUACGACUCGCUGGUGGCAGUCACUCCUGUGCUGGUAGAGUGGAAGUCUAUCAUAAUUACCAGUGGGGAACAGUGUGUGAUGAUGACUGGGACAUAAAUGAUGCGCAGGUGGUGUGUAGACAGCUUGGAUGUGGUAAUGCUGUCAGUGCUCAUCAAAGUGCCCACUUUGGUCGUGGAAGUGAUCCAAUAUGGCUGGAUAAUGUUCAGUGUUCUGGAAGUGAAAGCACCAUCACACAGUGCUCUCAUAAUGGAUUUGGUACACACAACUGCAACCAUGGUGAAGAUGCUGGUGUUACUUGCUCAGGUCGUAAUCAGGUCAGGCUGGUGAAUGGUCCGACUAACUGUUGUGGUCGAGUGGAGAUCCAGCACAAUGGCCGUUGGGGAACAGUGUGUGAUGAUUAUUGGGACUUAAAGGAUGCAGAGGUGGUGUGUAGACAGCUUGGAUGUGGUAAAGCUGUCAGUGCUCCUCCUAAUGCCCACUUUGGUCAGGGAAGUGAACCAACCUGGCUGGAUGAUGUUCAGUGUACUGGAACUGAGGGUGCUUUAGAUCAGUGCUCACACAGAGGAUUUGAAGUAGAGAACUGUGGACAUGAAGAAGAUGCUGGAGUCAUGUGCUCAAACAUGAAGACUCCCACAUUGACUCAGAUCUCCCCAACCUCUGUGGUCUCACCUGGAGAAGUCCUUCAGUUCAGAUGUUCCACACCCAGCCCAACAUGCAUCUCUGUAGACUUCAGUUUGUAUAAAACUGGGACAUUAAUAAAGAAUCAAACUGCAGAAUCUACAACAACAUUUACUCUGACUGUAGAUGCCUCACAUCAGGGCCAGUACACCUGUGACUACUCAUACAGGGAAAUUGCCUCAACAUCACCCAGGAGCAACUCCAUCAGCAUCACUGUAGUCCCUAACAAGAUCAGACUGGUGAAUGGUCCGAGUAACUGUUGUGGUCGAGUGGAGAUCCUGCACAAAGCCCAGUGGGGAACAGUGUGUGGUGAUCAUUGGGACUUAAAUGAUGCAGAGGUGGUGUGUAGACAGCUUGGAUGUGGUAAAGCAGUCAGCGCUCCUCCUAAUGCCCACUUUGGUCAGGGAGGUGAACCAACCUGGCUGGAUGAUGUUCAGUGUACUGGAACUGAGAGUGCAUUAGAUCAGUGCUCACACAGAGGAUUUGGAGUAGAGAACUGUGGACAUCAUGAAGAUGCUGGAGUUGUGUGCUCAAACUUGCAGACUCCUACAUUGACUCGGAUCUCCCCAAACUCUGUGGUCUCACCUGGAGAAGUCCUUCAGUUCAGAUGUACCACACCCAGCCCAUCAUGCAUCUCUGUAGACUUCAGUUUGUAUAAAGCUGGCACAUCAAUAAAGAAGCAAACUGCAGAGACUACAACAACAUUUAAACUGACUGUAGAUGCCUCACAUCAGGGCCAGUACACCUGUGACUACUCAUACAGGGAAAGUGCCUCCACAUCACCCAGGAGCAACUCCAUUACCAUCACUGUUGUAAACCUGCAGCAGCCCAAUAUCUCCUUCAGUGCUGCUGGUGGACCAGAAGUGACAAGGGGUUACGGUUUCUCCAUCAUCUGCUCCACUGAACCUCAGUAUCCAGGAGGUUCCUUCCACUUGAAGUUCAGUGGAUCCAACAUCACCAGAACUCAGUCGGCUGUUAACCACUCAGCCGUCUUCCUGUUUCCUGAGGCAGAUUUUGUCCAUCAGGGAAACUACAGCUGUGCUUAUGAAGUUAAUGUGUCUUCACGCACCUUUACCUCCACUACCACUGAGCUGCUGGAAAUCACUGUGAAAGCAUCUCUGGCUCUAUACAUUGGUGUUGGAGUGACAGCAGGACUGCUUCUCAUCUUAGUUCCAGUCAUCAUUUGCUUUGUGAAGACACAGAAAAGACGGAAAUGUCAGAUGGAUAAGACGAUGGAUUCACAGCGUGCCAAAAACACAUAUGAGAGUCCCCAAGGAGAGAUUGAGACAGAUGACGAAGCUGAUUAUGAAAACGCAGAAACCAUUUUCCACCAGAAGGAGGACUCAGAGGACUCGGAUAAUGAUUACAUUAAUGUUGAUGCUGAUGAACAAAGAAGUGAUGUGGACAAUGACUAUGAAGAUGUAGAUAUUUAUGCAAACUAUGUAACAUAGAGUGAAAAAAAAAACAAUUAACAAAUAUCCACAGUGCACAAACAAUAACAUGGUUAAAUUGGAUCAUUUUCCAUUGUUAAGAUAUAACCACUGUUAAUUAGAGAUGGUUUAAUUAACAUGGACUUCAGAAUCAGUUUGUUAUUUACUCAUUAGUCUUUUCAGAUGUAAAUAUAUUAAAAUUUUUAUUUUUACUUUCUUACUGG